AUCGCGUAAAAGACGAAGACAAAACCUAAAUGAAAACAUUGUAAACCAAACCAAACAAUACAUACACUCUUCUUCACACCAUAUAAUUUCUGUGAACCGGGACAAAGUCGGCCGUAAAAGUCUAUGAAGACAUAAAUGUCUUCUCCGGUUUAAGUCAAAUAUGUAUGGUAAUGACAUAAGGUCUUAUCCGGUUUAGUUCAGCUCUGACCAAAACCCUCAAUUUGAUGACGUCACCACAGUUGACAAUUUCAAUCUUGUUCUUCUUUUAUGAUCCCCUUCACUUUCUCAGAAGUUUCAGACACAACAGAGCAUAUAAAACCAAGAAUCAUCUGUUUCGCAUUUUACGAAUAAAUGGAAAAAGCUUCCAACAGCAACAAGUCCACAAAGUUUUCGAAGAUGCUUCAAAGAGCGUUGUCCAUUGGUCACAGUGCGGCACCGUUUAGUCCAGGGAGAGAUUUUCAUCAUUCCCGUACGGCUUCGACGGUGCACAGAGGAAUCUUCUUCUCCAGUCCCUUGGUUCCCACGGCAGCUAGAGUUAGGAGAAGUACCAAAAACGAAGGCGUUUUGGCCGAACCAACUUCGCCUAAAGUCUCCUGCAUCGGUCAGGUCAAACUCAAUAAGCCCAAAUGUUCAUCGGAGAGGAAGAACAAAGCGACUAACAAACUCAAAACGGCGUCGUCUUUAUCGUCUUGUGCUAUUAAAGAAGAAGAAAACAGAAGAAGCUUUUCGAAACUAAAGCGUCUCUUCUCAACGUUGAGUUUUUCGUCGAAAAAAUCCAACUCCACCGCCUUCGCCACGGCUGCGGUUGAGGAACCGGUCGUGGCGGUGGCGCCUUCGUUGGGUAAAAUGAAGAAAUUCGCCAGCAGUAGAGGAGCUCUCGGUGGAUUCGAUUGGACGGUGGAGAUGAAACGUCAAGAAUCACAAUCGGAUCACCAGGACGUAACGAUUCCAUACUCACAGAGCAUGCCCCUGACUCAGCUGGAAGGUUUGAGUCUGUGUCCGAAACCGAAGAGUGAAGUUAAUCUGUGGAAGAGAAGAACCAUGGAUCGGCCAAAACCACUUCAAGUUAAAGUUACUUCUUGACUUUUCUUCUGUAUAUUUGUUUUUAUGUGUCUGGAAUUUCGUGUCUACCACGAAUUGAUACUCGUCAGGUCGUUACUACGACGUAUGAAGUCUGAUUUUAUUUUUUUGUGAAUAGACAGACUGAAAAAAUAUAUAAAAUAAUCCAAUGUGUGAA